UAUAACGUGACGAACAAUAUAAAAUGAGUCUCUGUUCGGAACUCACGAAGGCUUUAAGAGGAAACAACUGAAUAACAUUCUCUUGUGUAACGUGGAUAUUUAUGUGAUUGAGCACCGAGUCCAAAGACACAGAAUGAAUCAAUGGAAACAAAUUCAACAGCUAGAGAUCAAAUACCUGGAGCAGUUGGACUACCUUUACGAUGAAAACUUCCCUAUGGACAUUCGGCAGGUGCUUUCCGACUGGAUUGAGAGCCAGGACUGGGAUAUGGCCGCAAACCAUGAGUCCAUGGCGACAGUUCUCCUCAGCAAUCUCCUGUCUCAGUUGGACAGGCAGUGUUCUCAGGAACAGAACUUCCUACAAAGACACAACCUGAAGAUCAUCAACCAGCAGUUACAGCUGAAAUGCAAAGCCUACCCUCUGCUCAUGGCCGGGGUCAUCUCCACUUGCCUCAGAGAGGAGCGUCGUAUCAUCUCCACAGCCAGCAAACAGGAACAGGGCCCAUUGGAGAAGUCUAUGCAGAACUCCGUGGCCUUCGAGAGACAGAAGAACAUUGACAACAGGGUGGCGGUGAUCAGGAGUAGUGUGCAGAUGAUGGACCAGGCAGUGAAAUAUCUAGAGGACAUGCAAGACGACUUUGACUUCCGCUUCAAAACUAUCCAGUCUCGAGAUCCGGCGGACAUGAACACGGAGGUGAUGAAACAGGAAGUGACCCGACUGCAGGAGAUGCUCAACAACCUGGACUUUAAGAGGAAGGAGAUCCUGUCUAAGAUGAGUGAUGUGAUAAAAGAGAUUGACGCUCUGAUAGCCUCCCAGCUGAACCUAGAACUGAUGGAGUGGAAACGCAGGCAGCAGAUCAACUGUAUAGGUGGCCCACCGCUCACUGGACUGGACCAGCUCCAGAACUGGUUUACUCUGACAGCCCACAGUCUGUUCCAGAUGAAACGUCAGCUGGACAAACUGGGAGAGCUUAUCCUGAAGGUGACCUAUGAGAGCGACCCCAUCCCCCUGCAGAGACCGCAGAUGGAGGAGCAGGUCAAACACCUCAUCUACAACCUCAUCAAAAGCUCAUUUGUGGUGGAGAAGCAGCCAUGGAUGCCAACCCACCCCCAGAAACCUCUCAUUAUCAAGACUGGGGUGCAGUUCACCACCAAAGUCAGAUUGCUGGUCAAACUCCCAGAGGUGGAUUAUCAACUGAAAGUGAAGACAAUAUUUGACAAGGACCUCCCCCCUGGCAGUGUACAUCGUCAGUUUUUCAUCCUGACUACCAACACCAAAGUAAUGGACGUGGAGGAAUCUUCUAAUGGCUGUCUGUCUGUAGAGUUCAGACACUUGCAGCUGAAAGAGAAGAAAUAUGUUAAUGGCGCCAAGGUGAACGAGGGUCCUCUCUCUGUGACGGAGGAGCUCCACUCCCUCAGCUUCGAGGCCCAGUUCAACAUACAGGGCAUUAACAUCGACCUGGAGACCUACUCCUUUCCUCUGGUGGUCAUCUCCAACGUUAGCCAGCUGCCUGGAGGCUGGGCCUCCGUCAUGUGGUACAACCUGUUGACUGACGAACCCAGGAACCUGGGCUUCUUUGCCAGUCCUCCGCGGGCCAGUUGGGGCCAACUCGCUGAGGUGCUGAGUUGGCAGUUCUCCACUUACACUGGGCAGGGCCUCAACAGGGAGCAGCUGUGCAUGCUGGGGGAGAAACUCAUGGGUCAGCAAGCCUCCCACAAUGAAUGUCAGGUAUCCUGGUCCAAAUUCUGCAAGGAGAAUAUUCCCGGGAAGCCUUUCAGUUUUUGGGUGUGGCUGGAUUCCAUCCUGGAUCUCAUCAAGAAGCACCUGCUUCCCAUCUGGAACGACAACUGCAUCAUGGGCUUUGUCAGUAAGGAGACAGAGAGGGCCCGUUUGAAGGACAAGGAGCCUGGGACAUUCCUGCUGCGCUUCAGCGAGAGCCACCUGGGUGGGAUCACCUUCACCUGGGUGGAGCAGUCCGACAGUGCAGGAGAGGUUAAGUUCAUCUCGGUGGAGCCAUACACCAAAUCACGCCUCAGCGCUCUCCCGUUCGCCGACAUCAUCCGGGACUACAGGGUCAUCGCAGACGGAGAGGUCCCCGAGAACCCGCUCAAGUACCUCUACCCCGACAUCCCCAAAGACGAGUCCUUCAGACGACAUUACAAAAGUCAGCAGAGCAAAGUCUUUCCAUACAUACCAUCUACAUGGAUCCCCAUCUCCUUUGCAUGCCAAACCUCCUACUCCCCAGAACCCCCAUGUCCCCUGGGAUGUUGGACGAACUCACCCAGCACCUAAGCCCCUUGGAGAUUGAGACUACCCUGAGUUCUCUGUACUCCGAGUAACACAAGAUGACCUGCGGAGUAUGCCAAGUAACUCCUCUACGACUUGUGUUCUACUGAGGCCCACUGGAUGUGGCAUUUUCUUACAUCUCAUCACAAUAUAUUGCUGUUCUAUCCAACUGCUAGUAUUGUCUUUGAGCCCAUUGUCAUGAAUACAAAUGUAUAAUAUGUUGUAAGCGUAAAGUAGAUAUUAAAUGCAGUGGUACAUCCAGUGUGUUAUAUCACUUCUCAUAAAUUGACAUCUUUAAUUGUAUUGUGCGUAUUUAAUUGUGUGUUAUGAAAUGUAUUGUAUAAUGCUGUUGAUUUCUGUUUCUCAGUAAUUUUUUGUCUGUUAUUGUUGGACUAUAUGUCUUAAACUUCUCUAUCAAGAAUAAAUAUUUAUUUUCG